AUGAGCCCCGUCCUUAUAGCGCUCACCUUCAUCCUCACCCUCGUCAUCCCCCAAUCGGCCCUCACCCAGGCCCAACUCAGAUACCUCAGUGAUUCCAAAACUAACCACCUCCUCUGCCCUGCCCCAAACAAGCAGUACUGCGCCGCAGCAUCCUUACAGAGCUCGUCCAUCAUCUCCUUCGGAUUCGAACGAGCUGGUGUUUGUUAUGAAUCGUCCUUAAAAUCAGGAGAUGCGGUGUGCGCUUUCAAUGGGACAGGAUAUACCCGCGAAGGACUGGAAGUGAAUGCCCCAGAGACAAUUCUGUGUGAUGGCAUUUCCUCGUUUUCUAUUAUUCCUCCAUUCGCCGAGAACCACAGCAAAAGAGAAGGAGAAGGAGGCACCACAAGCAUCGAAUACUUUUCCAGUUCUCAGUCGCCAGUCCCUAUAUUGCGUGCACAUGAGAACCUCGGUCAGUAUCCGUCUUACUUCCCGAUCCAGGUGUAG